UGUGUAGAGGAGCACUUCUCAUCUGCUGGUUGACGGGUUCCGCGUGACUGAUGGACAUCUGCCAAAAAAACGAGGGAUCGUCUUUAGACCUGCACAACCCAGUGUUUCUGGGAGGUGAUCCCAAAAGUAAAACCACAAAAGGGCACAACAUUCCCAUGAACAGUGUCACUGGUUGUAUACGGAACUUCAAAAUGAAUGAGGUCGCUCUGGUGGACCCUGAGGCAAGCUACACAACUUUACCCUGCUUCGAUGGGCUCGCAGAGAUCGGGACAUACUUAGGCAGCGGUCACAUCGUCUUGGAGAAUUACUUCACCGUUGGCUCUGAGUUUGUGUUGGCCUUUGAGCUGCGUCCUCAAUACCUGACAGGUCUUCUCUUCCAUGUGCAAUGUCACAAGGCCAGCCUUAAUGUCUUUCUAAAGGAAAACAAGGUGGGUGUCAGAGUGACUGAUGGUAACGGGGCUGUCCUUGUCUCGGUGACACCCCGUGAAAGCCUCUGUGAUGGAAAGUUUCACCAGGUUUCAGUGUACAAACAACGUGACGUUAUCAAACUAGUGGUGGACUCCAUUUCUCAGCAGAAAGCCGUCCCCUUCACCUCCACCUCAACAACACUGGAUACACUUUACAUAGGAGGGACAAGAAAGCAGAACCGAGCCCCCGUGCCCUCGCCAUUUAACAUUUCACUUACGAAAUGUGAAGCUUAAUGGAAAACCGCUUGCAUUUGAAACAGGAUCCAGGGUGGUUGACCCUGUCAGCAUUAAUAGUUGCCCUUUCAGACUAAGGUCAUUAACGGGUGACACAACAACUUCUUUAACUGCACAGACGCUUCUACAUCAUUACAAGGUCAUAUUAUGCAGACAGGCUUAGUUAAAAACCCACAGAAAUUAAUUUGAAAUCCCCCCCCAAAGCUACUGUUUCUACAGCUUUCCGUUUUUGCACAGCACAUGUGCAGUUUAUAAUGAUUACAGGUCAUA